AUGUCUGCGGCAGAAACACCGGCCAGCGGUGCCUCAACGCCACCAAAUGGCCACGAGAAGGAGACCGCCGCCAACGACUAUGCCGGCAACUACCCUCCCGUCAAGGUCCUCAACCUCCGGGUCACCGUCAUGGGCCUGCUGGUCUCUCUCGGUGGUUUCAUCUUCGGAUGGGAAGGUGGUUCCAUCUCCGGUUACACGCAAAUGGCAAACUUCAGGGACCACUUCGGCGACACCCAAAAGAACGGCGUCCUGAGUCUCGGUAACGUCCGGCAAGGUCUGAUGGUCGCCAUGCUCUGCGCUGGUUGCCUGGUUGGCGCUCUGGUCUCUGCUCCCGUCGCCGAUAAGUUCGGCCGCAAGUACUCCAUCACCUUCUGGUGCAUCGUCUACAUCGUCGGCAACGUCGUCUGCAUUACCACCACAGACAAGUGGUACCAGGUCGUCAUUGGCCGUCUUAUUGACGGCUUCGGCAUCGGUGCGCUCUCCGUCCUGACGCCAAUGUACCAGUCCGAGACCGCGCCCCGCCAGGCCCGUGGUGCCCUCGUCUCCGCCUACCAGCUGUUCAUCACCCUUGGUAUCUUCGUCGCCUACUGUGUCAACUACGGUACCGAGGCCAUCGAGUCCGAGAGCUCAUGGCGCAUCACCAUGGGCAUCGGUUUCAUCGCCCCCGCCAUCAUGGGUGCCGGCAUGCUGACCAUGCGCGAGUCUCCCCGCUGGCAGUACCGCCGUGGUGGUGAGGCCGAGGCUGCCCAGACCCUGGCUCUUAUCUCCUGCGUCGAGCCCGACCACCCGGAGGUCCAGCACGAUCUGGCCGAGAUUCGCGAGAAGUACGAGGCUGAGGUUGCCGACGGUGAGCCCAAGUGGUUCGAGAUCUUCACUGCCCCGGCUAUGCUCCGUCGUGUCCUCGUCGGCAUGUCCCUGCAGGCCCUGCAGCAGCUCACCGGCGCCAACUUCUUCUUCUACUACGGUACCCAGAUCUUCUCGUCCGUCGGUAUCUCCAACUCGUACAUCACCUCCAUGAUCCUCGGUGCCGUCAACGUCUUCUCCACCUUCGGUGGUCUGUACGUCGGCCAGAAGUUCGGCCGCCGUAUCUCCAUGAUCGUCGGCGGUGUCUGGAUGUUCAUGUGGCUCAUCAUCUUCGCCUCCCUGGGCUCGUUCGCCCUGUACCCCGAUGGCAACCCCAACGACCCUAACGCCCGUACCAACUCCUCCGUUGGCUCUGCUAUGAUUGCCUCCGCUUGCUUCUUCAUCGUCGGCUUUGCUGUUACCUGGGGACCUCUUGUCUGGGCCAUUGUCGGUGAAAUGUUCCCGUCCCGCUACCGUGCCGUCGCCAUGGCGCUCUGCACCGCCGCCAACUGGCUGUGGAACUUCCUCAUCUCCUUCUUCACCCCCUGGAUCACCGCCGCCAUCAGCUACCGCUACGGUUACGUCUUCGCCGGCUGCUGCUUCCUCGGUGUCCUCAUCACCUUCUUCUUCGUCAACGAGUCCCAGGGCCGCUCCCUCGAGGAGGUCGACUCCAUGUACGUCCUUGGCGUCAUCCCCUGGAAGUCAAAGUCCUGGAAGCCCCUCGACGAGCCCGUCACCACCGACAGGAUGCACUUCAAGCCCGGCGCGCGCGACUUCUCCAAGCCCGAGACCCCCGCUGCUGGACACCACGAUGGUGAGCCCUCUGGGCCCAGCAAUGCUGUCUAA